AUGGUAAAAUCACCCUAUGAAGUACUUGGGGUGAGUCCUUCAAGUAGCCCAAAGGAGAUAAAACGUCGUUACCUUGAACUGUGCAAGAAACAUCACCCGGAUGUUAAUACAGACCCCAAGGUUAAAUUUGUGGAUAUCACGGGAGCCUAUGAAAGCUUGACCAAACCAACAGCUCCAAGCAGACCUUCGCCAGGAAUGAAUGCUCACCUCACUCGCCAAUGGACACGGCGCUCCCUGGUCGCAUGUCUGGGACUGGGACUGGCUACGGUUGCAUAUGUUGUAUAUGAGCCUUCGAUAGACCUAAUCGAUGUUCCCUAUCAACCACCCCCAUCCCCUAAUAUGAAUUAUCGUCAAUGGCGCCAGCAAUAA